AUGGCCUCAACAACACAAAUCAUAACAACUGCGAAGCACGAUUACCAAGUCUCGUAUAAAAUUGAGACAUAUCCUUCCGAUGCAGAACUCAAACGUGCCAACAGACUCAUUCCUCACAUUCUCGAGGAAGAGGCACGUGACAAUCCUCAAAGAGUCAUAGCAAUGGUGGCCAAGACAUCUGACAUAUCUGAGGGAUUCGAAGAAGUCAAUGCUGGGCAGUUUCUGCGUGGUGUUGACUUCCUAGCUCAUUGGAUCGACUCUUAUAAGUCUAAAUCUUCAUCGACGGAGACUUUUGCGUUUAUUGGAUCUCAGGACUUUCGCUAUCCGAUCAUUGAGAUUGCUUGUAUGAAAACUGGAAAUCCUCUGCUUUUACCAAGGGCUGGAAAUGCACUAGCAAACACAGUUUCGUUUCUCAAGGCGACCAAAAGUACAAAGAUUUUCUACACAUCGCAGUAUUCAGAUCUUGCUGCACAAAUUUUGGAAGUACUUCCAACUCUGGAAAGACACGAAAUACCGACGCUAAAGGAUAUCAUAACGACAAGAAGCAAGCCGUACCUUUACACGAAGGAUUGGGAUACACAUAAAGAUGAGCUUGCAUUGAUUGUUCAUACAUCAGGUUCCACAGGUGCACCAAAACCAAAGAAUUGCAGCUAUGAGUUCCUCAGUAGUUACGUCAACAGCAACAUCUUGUUACCUGAUGUACCUGGGCGAGUAAUUUCAGGCUCCAAGCUUGUAAAAAAAGGCGAACUAUUCUUGAGUGGGUGUAGUUUCAGUCAUGCAUCUGGACUCGGCUUAGUGUUCUCAACCAUCAUCUUAGGUUCGACCUUGGUUCGUGGCCCACCGAAUGCACCGUCUAGUGGAAAGAUUCUCCACGAUAUCAUGAAGGCUCUUCCAAUUCGUGGAAUAACAGAGGUUCCCAGCGCUAUAGAGCAAUUAUUCUUAGAUCAUAGUGAGGGCCUCAAAGAUGAAAUCGCUGCUCUGAAAUAUGUUUCCUGGAUCGGAGGUCCACUAUCACAGAAGACAGGAGACUUCAUUAUCGCCAAUACAGACGCAUUACUAACCCAAAUUUUCGGGUCGACUGAAACCGCCCAAUUACCCCUUCUUGUACCGCCCAAAUCACAUUGGUCGUAUAUUGAAUUCCACCCUCAAUUCUUACCGGAUUUGGAGCCAGUUAACUCCGACUCUACGCUGUGUGAGGUGGUUUUGAACAAAUACGAUGAUCCAGCUCUUGCUUGGUCUCAACCUGUUUUUCGCAUGGCACCCGACCAGUCUCAGUGGAGGACCAGAGAUAUUCUGCGCCGUUACGAAGGUCCACUUCCGGAUGGAGUAGGUCCACUUUGGAAGUUCGAAAAUCGAAUUGAUGAUCUCAUCAUUCUUUCCAAUGCAUCCAAAGCAAAUCCUGUGCACAUUGAGACUCUACUACAAUCACACCCGCUAUUAAACGGCUGUCUUGUGUUUGGUACGGGCAGAUCUCGUUGUGGGAUCUUAUUAGAGCCCAAAGAAGAUUCGAUAUUGACGGCGGAAGAUUUGGUAGCAAAGGUAUGGCCAGACGUGGAAAAAUCUAAUGAUACGGUACCAACACAUGCUCGAGUUGAGCGACAUCUGGUUCUCGUGGCGAAAAAGGAUAAGAGACUUGAGAGGGCUGCUAAGGGAACGGUCGUCAGAUCCAUUUGCACAGAUAUGUAUAAAGCUGAGAUUGAUAGUGUGUACGCAGCGUUUGAGGCAAGGAAUCACGGAUUCAAUAAACCUGCUCUCAAGUUGCGAAUUUAG